CCGGCUGAUGCAUAACACACAUAGCUACACACAAACACAGUCAUAUGCACAGAAUCACCGUCCACUCAUCCGCGUAGUGGCCUUCUUCCAUCGGGUGAAACCUUAGAUUUGUUUUCUGUAGCGCAAGCGCGGAGGCGAUCGCGGUAUAUGUAAUUAGCCGGUGUGUAUACUGUCCAUCCGCUGCCGCGCACACUUGAUCAAGGUUGCGACCAAUCGAAGAAACACAGCUUGCACAACACUACCGGCAUCUGUUUCAGUUUUCGAUCUUCGGUUAUGUCAAUCUGGGUCGACUGAAUAAUAUUUUCGCGCUAAGCGGAUUACGCGGAAGCGCUGUUGUGGUCAGCCACGUCGAAGAGAGGAUGUUUAUCCUGGAUGAUUUACAGGAUGAGGCGGAAGAUCUGCUGGAUAAUCGCUCCUGGGACCGGUCGACGCGGUCCCAGAGCAAGCAGCGCCGUGACCUGAUCAACCGGGAGAUCAACCAUCUGCGCGAGCUCCUCCCCUUUCCCCAGGACGUCCGGCACCGUCUCUCCCAACUGCAGCUGAUGGCCUGUAUUUGUGUGUACCUGCGCAAGACCAGUUUCUUCGCUUACUCUCUAAACGCGGCGCAACGCCUGAAUGCGGCCAGGCGAUUACUGACGUAUUCCAAUCAGCAGUUGCCCAGUUUGGACAUUCCUUUAGCGACGGAUUUUAGCAAAGCGCUGAAAUGCUCUGUAUUAUUGUGUGGUCAAGACGGGAAAAUUCUCUUCAUUAGCGACAACGCUGCCGACACAAUGGGCCAGAACAUGGAAGAUUUACUAUCGCAUGGCGACACGCUCUACGAUCUGAUUGAUCGCGCUGACCAUUCAUCCUUAAAGCAGCACCUCGACCCGGAGCGUUCCCGUUCAACGCCGCUGCAGUAUAAUCCCGCGUUUCCUCUAGUCAAUACCGGCUUCGACUACAACCAGGAACGGACUUUCGUUUGUCGUAUCAAUUCCCCGCGGAAUAUGCGGCGUCAAGGACGCUUCGCCGAACAAAAGACUUUUACCACGUCCUCCAAGCUGGUCAUCAUAUCCGGCAACUUCCUGCCGCUUCCCCACAUCCGGCAACCACUGGACCUCCUGGCGCCCCGCCCCUUGGAGGGUCGUUCUCUACUAGCCACGGUGGAUGCCCUGUUAACCGCGGAGAACCGAGAGAGCUUUAUUAACGGCAUCGGGGUGGGAAGGACGUUCAGUACGCUGCACCAGCUGGAUAUGAAGGUCAUCGGGGCCAAUCGACUAACGAAGGAGCAUCUGGGAUACGGAUACCGCCGGCUUCUGGGCAUGUCAUGGUACCAACUGCUGCACUGGGACGAUAUGCACAGCGCCCACGCAGCGCAUCAAUUAGUGUGCAGCAUGGAUGAUAUCCAGAGCCAUUCCGCCAUGCUGCUUGUACGCAUCCUCAGUCAGUCAGGAAAAUGGAUCUGGUGUCAUGCAGUGCUGCAGCUCCUUAAUGAUCGCAGUAUCCAGUUGAGUGCAAUGACUAAUAAAAAGCAACUGCCGGUGCCAGACACUAUUGGUUUCAACCUCGAGAACACCGAUCAGCUGGGGAAAAAUCCUGAAAAAGCCGACGAUGAAGAGAAAGAGACAGUGGUGUGCAAUCGUAUUCUCUGCACUUACCAAAUGUUAAGCGAAAAAGAGCGGCGCGUACUCCAACAAAAUCCGUGGAUCUACGAAACCGACGCCAUUGGGAAAGACCUCCACGAACCCAUCCGCCCGGUAAAACCCGAAAUAAAAUCGUCCGUCCUCCACGACAUACCAUCCAACACCCCCAAAUCUAAAAAAUCAAAGGAUAAACCCAAACCCGUGAAGCGGAAGAGCAAGGACCUACCGAAUAAGCCCCCACCGCGGAAGCGCAGCCGUCCCAGCGUCCCCUCCCCUAUCCCGAUUUCCCCCAUCAGCAACCAGGAAAACUGCGACACCCCGCCCAACCAUCCGCUCCAAUGGGAGGAGAACGGAAACCUGUCGUAUUUAAAUUAUUUAUUCCAAUCGUCGACGUACACGCCGGAAAGCCAAGCAGCGCAUUCGGAAUCGUCGGGGUCCGCCGAUGUGGAGCCGCUAAUUAAGUUGCAGUUUGAUGAUUUUCUGGAUAAUACGAAUUUCCUCGGUGCUACCGAGACGCUGGUGCCGCAGUUGUCGGAUUCCGAUUGGAAUUAUUUGGAGAAUAUUUUAACGGGGAAUUUGAAUGGUUUCCAUAGACCGCGAGCAGAGGAUGCGUGUCACCACGGUGGGCGGAGCGAGUGGAGCGGAUCGGUGUCGGAAUGCUCGGAUCAUCGGAACGAAGCGCUAGAUUUACUGAAACUGGACGUCAAGAGCGAGAGCGAUAAAGAAAUACUGCUGUACGAAUAUGAUCAGACAAACUGUUUUCUGCAUACCGGUUCGUUGUAUCAUUUAGAUGCAGCGUAGCAUGAAAAUUUCGCGAAAUGAAUAUCGCUAGUGCUAAUGUUGAAACAGCAGUCAUUACGACGCCUUUAUUACGCUGACAUUUUUAUAAAUUCUACGGUCUCUCUGUUUAAA